AUGCGCGGUCACAUCGCCAUUUCGCAGAUCGUCAACAUGGUGGAGAGCGCGACUUCGGACGGCAAGCAAGCGACGGCGCCAGCUCAAGGCACGGCGCCCCCCGGGAGCGCGCCACCUCAGACACAGCAGCGCACCGGCGGCGCCCCUGCGAGCACCGCACCAACAGGCGCCGGCAGCGGCCAGGCGGGUAACUCAGCGUCCCGAGACACUUCAACGGGCAGCACCAAGACGGACGUGACCAAGCGCAUCUCCUUCUCCAGCGCCACCGGCAAGACCUCCGACGCGGACAUGCGCGAGGCCGAUGGCAACGCCUCGACUGACGCUGCAACCCAGGAAACUGGUGACGCGAACUCAGAGUCCAAGGCUCCAGACGCAGGCGGCGUGGCUCCGGACGUGGGCAUGGAGGGCGCCCCUGAGUUCAAGUUACCACGACACGCGACGCUAGAGGACGUCAGGGGACUCAUCUUCGCAGGCAUGCUUCGGCAGGAGGUGACCAACGCGUAUCUCGUGGGGUCCCAGGGAUCGUGA